AUGUUCUUAUUAGUGUGCAGUGCAAGCGCCGUAGAGGAGAAGCUACGAAACAAUAUUAUGAAAGACUAUAACAAGAAAGCUCGCCCUGUGAUCAAGGAAACAGAUGUGGUUCACAUUUUCAUAGACAUCGCACUGCUGCAGUUGAUGAAAGUGGUGAGUGCAAAGUUUUAUUGUGGUUUGCCCCUAUCUCGAGAUAUUUUACUAAUGAGCAUCAAAGUAAUCUGAUUUUGCGUUAAUAAGUCUUGCACCGUUGUGCUCCCUGAGAAAAAUUGCGCCACUCUCUCAACCAAUCAGAUACAAACCUUGAAACAGUUCGAAAUUGCUCACUCCCGCUUUCCCGUGCUGGUGGUGGUGGUUUACAUGAUUUACCUUCGUAUUUGGAUUGUCAUCGGCUUCUCGUGAUCUUUACUCAGUUGUGAUGAACUGUUACGAGACAACAAGAGCUGUGCAUGUUAUCUUGACUGUUAUGAUUAGUUUGGCUUUACAAAACUGAAUCGAAAAGCAGUCUAGUCUUUCAACUAUCACUAUAAUUUUCAGGUGAGUCACCGGUUGCACUCGGCUGCACUUCUUCAGGUGAAAGUCAAUAUAGCGUCAGCUGAAACCACGAGAUUACAAAAUCUCCUCGUGAAAUCGAUUAAACUAAACAGCCUUUCGAUUUAG